CAGCAAAAGAUUCUGAGAGAAGAGACGGGUAGAGAAACUGAGAGACUCGAUGUGUGGAAUUGCACUGGUUGUAUCUGGUAUUCGUAUUGAUUUCUCGUCUUUGCUUCUCCAUUCUGCCAUAUCUCCGCCUACUAAGACUGAGCAGCUAGUGUUCUCCGUUGAUGAUAUUAAGUCAGCUUUACGGAGGAGGGGUCCUGAUAACUUAGGUGCAAAGAAAAUUUAUCUUAAGUCCAAGAUACGGAGUUCUGUUGAGGAGCAAGAAAUAUAUUCGUGUAUUGAGGGGGAAGAGGCAGCAGAAAAGGAGUACUCCUAUUUGCUUGAGAAGAGCGAUUUUUUCUCGUCUUGUAGUGAACAAAGUCAUAAGCUGGAAAAUGUUUUGGUACAUGAAUCGGUUGCGGAACUGCUGUUUAUUGGUGCUACAUUACAGCUCAGAGGAGUGAAUCCUAUAAGUCAGCCCUUGGUGGAUUCAUGUAGAAACAUUCUUGUUUACAAUGGUGAGAUAUUUGGAGGAAUUGAAGUUAGUUGUGACAGCAAUGAUGCUGAAAUUCUUAUGGAAUCUCUGGGAAGGUGCUGCUCCUGCAACUAUUUCAGGUAUAAGAGAACGUGCAACUGCAGCAGAAAAGCGAAAACAUCUGUUCCAGAUGUUCUUUCAAAAAUUAAAGGGCCAUGGGCUGUCAUCUAUUGGCAGGAUAUUUGUUUCACUGGGGAAGGGCCUAAUCAAGCUUUCAAUUCAGGGUCAGCACAGGCUGUGCUGGUUGCUUUGGGGAAAUCUGUAAUGCGGCGCACGUCACUGAAUAGGAUUUUUCAGGCAGAAAAGGCGCUUGUUCCAGUGGCAGUUCUGUUUUCUGGUGGAUUGGAUUCCAUGAUUCUUGCGGCAUUGUUGGAUCAAUGUCUAGAUCCUAAUUAUGGAAUUGAUCUGCUUAAUGUGAGUUUUGACGGCAAUUCUGCUCCUGAUAGAAUCUCUGCUAAAGCAGGAGUAAAGGAACUUAGAAGGAUAGCCCCUUUGAGAAGGUGGAAACUUGUGGAGAUUGAUGCUGAUUUGUCAGAUUUGACAUUGGAAACAAAGCAUGUGAUGUCACUCAUAAAUCCUGCAGACACUUACAUGGACCUAAAUAUUGGAAUAGCUUUAUGGCUUGCUUCUGGUGGCAAUGGUUGGGUUAGUGAAGGAAUAGGAGAUGAGCUGGGUGAAAAUUAUCAACGUAUAAGCUACAAGUCCGAGGCCAGGAUACUUCUUGUUGGUGCUGGUGCUGAUGAGCAAUGUGCUGGAUAUGGAAGACAUAGAACAAAGUAUAGAAAUAGCAGUUGGCUAGGUCUACAUGAAGAAAUGAAAUUGGACAUGCAGAGAAUUUGGAAAAGAAAUCUAGGGAGAGAUGAUAGAUGUAUUGCUGAUAACGGGAAGGAGGCUAGGUUUCCAUUCUUGGAUGAAGAUGUAAUAAAGAGUCUGCUUGAUAUUCCCUUAUGGGAUAUAAGUGACCUCAAUCAACCGAGUGGGAAAGGUGAUAAGAAGAUUCUAAGAGAGGUUGCUCAAUUGCUUGGUUUACAUGAAGUAGCUGUUCUGCCUAAAAGAGCAAUUCAGUUUGGCUCAAGAAUUGCCAGGGAAUCAAAUCGAAAGAAUUUUGGAAGUAAUCGCGCUGCAAACCAGGCCUCCGCAGGAAGUGCAGUAAUUCAUGUGUCAUCAGACUCAGUUUGAACUACAUAUGUUAGAGUUCUACUUUGCUGUCUUCAUGGUGUUGCCUGGUGCUCAUGAGGCUUACAAGCUUAGCACCAGUUAUUUCUCAUCAGCCUGCCCUAGCCCACAUCGAUUGGCUCGCUGCUUCUGCAAUGCCAGAAUGUGUCAGGACAAUAGAUGAAAAUUUAGACGAUUGAAGUGAGAUUUUGCAGGUAAAAGAAGUCAUUACUCAUUUUUUAUUGCCAGCUUAUGAGUUUGAUAUACAAGAACCUGUGAGAAGUAUGUAGAAGACGAGAUGGAGCAGUAGUUGGUUUAUUAUAAUGGAUGAUAUUGACCUCCAUGUUAUUUACACCUUCUGAGCUUGUGUUAUUUUGAAUUCAAAAUCUUUGUAAACUGACCAGUGCAAUAAAUGCAUUAAACGUCUGAUCCAAUA